CCGAGCCGGCGGCGGAGCAGAAGCGGUGCCCGGAGGAAGGCUCCAGGGAUGCCGCGGGGAGGCGGGGUUGGCACAGCCCGCGGCUGGCACUGUCCCCCGCGUCCCCUCCGGCCGGGACCGCCGGGCCGGCACGCACCGCCCCGCGGGGGCCGGGCCGGGCCGGGCCGGGGCGGAGCUGCCCGCACCGCCUGUGCGGAGCGCCCGGCUCCGCGGGAGAGCCGCGGUGCUUGGCGCUCGUCAUGCGCAACUACGACGCGGCCACCGCCUUCCUGGGCGAAUGGGGCCGCUUCCAGCGCCUCGUCUUCUUUCUGCUCAGCGCCAGCAUCAUUCCCAAUGGCUUCAACGGGAUGUCGGUGGUGUUCCUGGCCGGCACGCCCGAGCACCGGUGCGUCGUGCCCCGCGGGGCCAACCUGAGCGACGAGUGGCGCAACGCCAGCAUCCCGCUGGAGCCGCGGGGCGGGCGGGAGGCGCCGAGCCGCUGCCGCCGCUACCGCCUGGCCGCGCUGGCCAACUUCUCUGCGCUGGGGCUGCGACCCGGCUCCGACGUGGAGCUGGAGGCGCUGGAGCAGGAGCCGUGCCUGGACGGCUGGGAGUACAGCCGCGAUGUCUAUCACUCCACCAUCAUCACCGAGUGGAACCUGGUGUGUGAGGACGACUGGAAAGCCCCACUGACCACCUCCCUCUUCUUUGUGGGGGUCCUCAUCGGCUCCUUCAUCUCGGGGCAGCUCUCAGACAGGUUUGGCAGGAAGAAUAUCCUUUUUUUGACAAUGGCUGUGCAGACUGGCUUCAGCUUCCUGCAGAUCUUUUCCACUGGAUGGGAGAUGUUCACAGUGCUCUUUCUCAUUGUGGGCAUGGGACAGAUCUCUAACUAUGUGGUGGCCUUCAUUUUGGGCACAGAAAUUCUUGGCAAAUCAGUUCGUAUUCUAUUCUCUACGUUAGGAGUUUGCAUAUUUUUUGCAAUUGGCUACAUGUUGCUGCCACUGUUUGCUUACUUCAUCAGAGACUGGCGGAUGCUGCUGCUGGCGCUCACUGUCCCGGGGCUGUUCUGCGUCCCGCUCUGGUGGAUUAUUCCCGAAUCUCCUCGGUGGCUGAUCUCCCAGGGAAGAUAUAAGGAGGCAGAAGCUAUUAUCCGAAAGGCUGCAAAAAUAAAUGGCAUUCCAGCCCCAGCUGUGCUUUUCGAUACUGCAGAGAUGCAGGAUUCGAAGGCUCAGCAGCAGCAGAAGGCUAUCCUUCUGGACCUAUUUCGAACCCGAAACAUUGCAACUAUUACUAUUAUGUCAUUACUUUUGUGGUUUUUCACAUCAGUUGGUUACUUUGGCCUGUCCCUCAGCACUCCAGACUGGCAUGGAAAUGCCUACAUCAACUGUUUCCUCUCAGCUGUUAUUGAAGUUCCAGCUUAUGUGAUCGCCUGGCUUCUCCUCCGCGCCCUCCCACGGCGCUACUCCUUAUCUGGCAUCUUAUUUUUAGGGGGAAGUGUUGUCCUCUUCAUUCAGCUGGUUCCUACAGAUCUUUACGUCCUCUCUGUUGGACUGGUGAUGCUUGGGAAGUUUGGCAUCACCGCUGCGUUUUCAAUGCUUUACGUCUACAAUGUGGAGCUGUACCCAACACAAGUGCGGAACAUGGCAGUGGGAGCCACCUCCACGGCCUCCAGGCUGGGCAGCAUCAUUGCUCCUUACUUCGUUUACCUGGGUGCCUAUGACAGAUUCCUCCCCUAUAUCCUGAUGGGAAGCCUGACUGUGCUGAUUGGGAUCCUCACCCUGUUUCUCCCAGAGAGCUACGGCAGUCCACUGCCCGAGAGCUUCGAGCAGAUGCUGAAGGUGAAAUGUUUCAGAAAUGGGGAACAAACCACCGGCAUUAGGAGUUCCAAGGAGAGUCCUAAAAGUCUGGUAACACCUCUGUGAAGAAAGGCACACCUCUCAGAGGGGCUGAAAGAAGAACAAAAUCAUCUCAAAAUGCAUUUUCUGCCAGAGGAAAAUGAACAAAACUCAACAGCUACUGCACCAUAGUUGUUAUCCCCUGUGCUGCUGUCCCCAAAUUACAUAAUACACUGACCAGCUGCUAUCUACUCCUGUAGGACUAUUAGUCUAUAAUUCAGUGUCCUGUUUCCUCUGGGGUGUUUUGGCAGACACAGUCCCCAUUGAGAAAUGGGAGCCUGUCUGUGCUAAACACAAGUCAAGGAAUAAGCUGGAAGUGAGCCUUAGAAAUAAUACAGCAGUGACUCCAGGCAGUCAGGUACUUGAAAAAAACUGCUGAAAGGGAAAAAGAAUAUAACAAAUGUAAUGCUGGUGUUUUUUCUCACUUUGUGUGUUGACUGGAGGAAGGGAAGCUGAGUGUCUGCCUUUCAAAAUCUGAAAGAAAGAUCCUGGCCUCCUUUGAAAUCUGUGACCAAAGCCCAUAGACUGGAGUCAGAAUUCAUUUGUAGCAGAGCAGACACAGACUUCCCUGGAAGGACAUGGGUUUUAAACAUAACAUCAGAGUGGCUUUAGAUGCCUCUUGCUUUUCCCAGGACCUGGGAUCCCCCUGUUCCUGUAAAAGCUGCUGCUUUUUCAUAAAGCCUGAGCCCACCCCAGACCCUCAGCUUUGUGAAUCUUCAGUGUCUUUGGGGAAGGGGGAAAAUCUUGAGCACUGAGUAAGGACUAUAAUUUGCUGACUUUCUGGUGGGUCACACCCACUUUCAACAGAAAAGUGAGCUGUAGCAAGUCCAUGAUCCUGUCCUGUCAUGCCAUGCCAAAACAGCUUUCAGGUUUUUCAUGGGUUUUGGGCAUAAGCAGUUUUUUAGAUGUCUUGGGGUGUUGUUUCUUCUUUUCCCCAAAGUAUUUAAUUUCUCCUUUGAAUAUAUACCACUUUGUUCUGCAUCUUCAGAGAACACUCACUGCAGUUUCAAAACCUUUCACAAAACCUUUGUAGAAUUUACAAACUUAAAGGCGAUUUGAUGCUCACAAAAAUCUGAUUUUCUGUACUGGAUAUGUUCAUCUGCAGUUAUUAAAAAUUCAAAAGGACUAAUUUGGGACCACAGGGGUUUUUUUUUAAAAACCCCAAACACCAACAAAACCAGUGUUUUGUUUUUAAAAUCCUACAAAUUAUGUAUGUUUGGUUUUUUGGGUUUUUUUUUAAGUUCAGAAAAACUGGAUUGGCUGAAGACAAUUACAAAGCUCAGAGUUGUGCUACUACUGUUUUAUGAACACUACAUUGUUUGAAGAGUGUAAUUCCUCUUACUUUUGUAUUUAUUGGCUGCAUGUGCACUUCUUGGUCAUUUAAAGUCUAUUAGAUCUGGUAGACUGAUUUUUAUCCUCUAUAAAUAACAAUUAGCCCUGAUUCACCUUCUAUAAGGGCCAACAAAAGCACAGUGUCUCAUCUCUAAUGCAUGAAUUCAGGGUAAGUUGUCUUGUGCUGGCUCUUGGCACAGGAAUGAGGCCCUCCCUGAAGUUCAAGCACAAAUAUUAAGCUUUAUAACAAAUGCAAGGAACUUGUGCAAUUAGCUCAGGCUGCUUUUGGGAGUGGAAAUACUAUUUUUAAUUUUCUGCAGUUAUGCUUUUGCCAUAAAUGUAACAUGGCAUGAGGGAGCCAGUGUUCUGUGGCUCCUAUCUUCUCAUCCCUUCUCAAUCAAUUUCUCUAAUAACAGCACUAUUUAAUCCUGCUUUUACUUUUACAGAGUUAAUCUAAAGUACUGUUUAGAUGUAACUAAAUUUCUCAAGAAAGCCUUUUUAUCAGAAUAGGAUAGGUUUGAGGACUUGAGUUAAAUAUAGGUGGCUAUAUUUUUAUGAAGAUUGUUAUUUUGAGACUUAUUUUAUGUGAUUGUAGGCUUGGGUAUUUCUAAAAGGUAAAUAUUUUUGUACUCUUGAACCUUUCAGUAUCUCAAAACCUGUGUUUCCUUUUUUAAAUAAGAAAAAGUACAGUGUUUUUUAAAAUACCGUGUUUUAACCAGUCUAAUUUUUCUUACUUAAACCAUUGAUCUCGAGCUAGCGUCACAUUUUAGUAUCUUUUGUAGCAGAUUUAAUAAUCUUUCAGAGGAGUGGAGUGUCCUUUAAAGUUUAUGAUGUUGUUAUAAGACCUUAUGGAGUCUGGAAAUGAGGGAAGCCCAGCUGGAUUGUUCUCACAGAGGUUGUCACACUGUGUCUCAUCUGUCACCUCUGUUCCUGGGGUCUCUCUGUGCAACCUUUGAUCCUCAGCUGAAUUACUGGAUCUGCUGAUGCUUAUAUGAAGCUGUAGUAAUUGUCAGUCAUUGGCCUCUGUCUUCAUUGUAAUAAAAAUGUGCACUGACAUUGUUUCAACCUG